CAUAUAUUGAUUUCUUUGUCUUGAAAAUCAUCUAAAUAUUCGUUUCUUUAGGAUGAACAAACCGGACGUCAACGUCGUACAAUUACUCAACGUGAUAAAAUAUUUAAAACACUUGUCGAUAUUAAUCAAUUUUUACCAAAAUCAACAAAAAAUCUUCUUUCCGUUUUCCUUCAAAAUACUCCGAAUGAAAAACUUCAAUGUUUACCCGAAAUUAAACAACAAUUAUUGUCAUCAUUAAAAGGAUAA